AUGGCUGUCAGCAACUGUAUUCCACUCUGUCCCCUGGGACCCAAUAUUCUUCUAAGCUUUUGUGGUGAUAGAAGUUUGCAGGCUUUCCUUGUGUCUGUUAAGUCAUCUGUGAUGUUUUUGCUCUUGGUAGUAAUAAAUGAUGAUGCAGUUAUUGCUCUGCUGGCAGUCAGACAUGAGCUAAAUGUUGCUGCCAGUUUUUAUGAUUGUCAGUGGAAUGAUUCCAAGCAAGCUGGGAAUUUGAAGUACUGUGUACUUCGACGUAAUUAUUUUAAACAUCGCUUGUACUCAGGUGUUGAGAUGAGGUAAAGACUGAAAAAGAUGUCAUAUCUGGAACUCUUGGAACAACUAUACCUAUCAUCUCAAGACAUAUCAGACAUAUUUCCAGACAUUUAUCAAACUGCCGACCUAUUUCCAGACAUUUAUGAAUCUGUAGACCUAUUUCAAGACAUAAACCAAACCCUGGAGCUAUUUCUAGACACAAAAAAUCAAGCCUGGGAGGAACUAUUUAGACACACACUAAAACUGAAAGUCAGAUCACCUGGAAGAACAAGAAGAUCACCAAAGAUAAAUGUACUAAAUCCAUAUUUAGCAUCUGAAAUUGAAUCAUUUCCAAAAAGAAUAAUUGAACAGUUUGGAGAUAAAGUUAAGGACAAGCAACAAAAUACAAAGUUGAAAAUCAGAACUGAGCAGUUGGAAGAUAAAGUUCCAUACCAAAGACCAUUGCUUUUUAAAUUAUUUUUUUAAUUUUUUUGAUUUUUUUAAGUAAACAGUAACCAUUGAUCGUAUAAGAUUAGCAGUAAAUAAGAUAGGAAUACUCGAGAUUCUUAAGAUACAUGAACUGCAUAGGAUUAAGUUUAAGAUACUUUUACUGAAACUUUAUUAC